CCCAAUUUGUACUUCGCAGCAUCUGCCACCACACAUAUCCAUUCUUAUUCCGCGGGUGCCCAGCGAGACCACAAGUCAACAGCAGCGCCUCUCUACACUUUUACUUGAAACAACCGUACGCUACAGACGUGGGAUCUAUCCGGCAAUCAUGGCGGUCCGCGCUCAGUUUGAAAACUCCAACGAGGUCGGUGUUUUUGCCACUCUUACCAACUCAUACUCGCUCGUCGCCAUCGGUGCGAGCGAAAACUUCUAUAGCGUGUUCGAGGCCGAACUCCAGGACGUUAUCCCCAUCUGCAGAACCACGAUCGCCGGCAUGAGGAUAGUGGGUCGUCUUACAGCAGGAAAUCGCAAGGGACUGCUAGUGCCCACCACGACGACAGACCAGGAGCUACAGCACUUGCGAAACAGUCUACCGGACGAGGUUAAGAUUCAGCGCAUCGAGGAGCGGCUAUCGGCGCUUGGUAACGUCAUCGCGACCAACGACCACAUAGCACUCGUGCACCCAGAUCUGGAGCGCGAGACGGAGGAGAUCAUCGCCGAUGUGCUGGGCGUCGAAGUCUUCCGGCAGACGGUUGCCGACAACGUGUUAGUCGGCUCGUACAUGUCGCUCUCCAACCAGGGCGGUCUUGUCCACCCAAAGACGUCGAUCCAGGACCAGGACGAGCUUUCGAGCUUGCUACAGGUGCCGCUCGUCGCUGGUUCCAUCAACCGGGGCAGCAACGUUGUCGGCGCCGGUAUGGUUGUCAACGACUGGAUGGCCGUCACGGGUCUGGACACAACGGCCACGGAGCUGAGCGUCGUUGAGAGUGUCUUCCGCCUAGGCGAGGGUCUGGGUCCAAGCAACAUCAACACAAACAUGAAGGACACUAUGGUCGAGUCGUUCUACUAAGCAGCUUUGUCACGUCUUACGAUUCGAUUCCGGGCUUCGAGGCCUCUUUGUGCGGGACGCUCUCCCGGCACCCUUUUUCAUUCCCUUACAUCCUCGUCUCGGGCAUCUCGGGGUAUCGUGGCAAGAUAGCCAUGUUAUGAAAAAUGUAGAAGGAAGUUGACAGGGGCGUUUUUAAGGGUGUUUUCUCCCUCGAUUUCCAACCCCGGAAACAACCAGCUACGACACCGCGUCACUUCGGCAGCUUGUUGCUGUCUCUUUUCAUGUCAUGCUUGAUUCUCAACUUAGAAGGAGGAUACAGUAUUGCGCAGCGUCAAGAAAAGCACAGGCAUCUUAUGCCCUACUGGGCAGUGUGGCGUCUGGGGAGUUCCACCACUACUCCGAUUUUUUACAACUGAUUUUGUAUACUAUCUUCUUCGGAACACUCUUGCAUGGGAUCGGCGUUCUCAGCAGGGGAGGAGUUGGGCUUACACUAUUAAGGGUUUUUUGCUGGGUUUACUUUCUUUUCCCUUUUUUUUCCCCUCCUUUUUUUUUCAUUUUUUUUCGGCGCAGAACAAAAGUUGGAUUGUUUGGUAUGCAUCUUGAUCAGAUGUCACAGCAUUGCAAAAGACUUGAAAUUGUUUCUCCGAUUUGCAGUUGCCACAUGCACAAUUAAAGUUACUGAUUGUGAGCGUGCAGGUGAAGGAGCACAUGAAAUUCAUCGACAAUGCCAAUUCCAUUUGCUAAUUCUAUGUUAUGCGAACUGGAAUCUGCAACCCAGGUAGGCAUGGCGAAACAGGAGACAUGAUGAGAGGUUUACUGCCAAAGAAGGGCCGGGUGGCGAACAGUUACUAUUAUAAGUUGCGAUAAAAAAAACGUAAUCUUUUUUGUUUUCCAAGUCAGAACAUAGAAUUUUCAUACCCUUUCACAAAUCUUAAACUCCGAGACAAGGAGAAAAUCAACCAAACAACCGAGAAAGCCCCAAGACAUCGUCAAGAGGAAGCAAAAAAAAAAAAACGAUGAAGUCGAAAGAUAGAGAAAAGAAACCUUGAUAAGAUCAAAGUCCUGGUCUCCCGCACCCUUUCGACAAACUUUAUGCAUGCGUGCAGAUGACCUUCCGAUGCAAAAAAAGAAAAAAAAAGUGAACAAAAACAAUAUGAAUAAUAACCUCCAAACAGAGAGACUUUGUGGAUAUAAUCAGAACGCCGACUUUGCUAUGCCGCUUCGAGAUAAAACCCGCCGUUGAAAAAGAAAGAAGACUGGGCGAGACCAAAGUUAAGAACAUACAUGUAUAUAUUUGCGUGAAGAAAAAAAAAAAAAGGGGGGGGGGGGGGGGGGGCUCAUGUCUGAUAAAAAGUUUAAGCCUCAACUCGAAUGAGAGAGACAUA